AUGGCUAACACGAAAGUAAGCUUUGCACUGGACCUGCCAUAUGCAUCAGUGGGAAUAUUAGGAGAGAGUCUUAUAACAGCCACAAUUCAAAAUGUGAUGAUAUCAAGUUUUACUGGACUAAACUCUGAGGAUAUCAAUGGCGUGACUAUUCAUUCAGUUGACGGAAAUACAGGAACGACUAUUGAAUUAUAUUCGUCGACUGUUGGUAUUGAUGUGUUGCUUCUUGCAAUGGAAACCUUUGUUAAUUCUGGGCAAUCGUUCGUAAUUGGUUCCUCUCCAUCGCAAGUUACUGUAACUGCUUUACCAGGGUCUUUCAAUGUUCUAUACCCAGAUACUUUGACCACUGAUGCAGUUUCUUCUUUAGCUUCAAUGGAAUCAACAACUACCACAUCUUCUAUAACAACUCCAACUGAAGCAGUUACUUCUCAUACCGCAGUCGCUGAAACAAGUUCUAUUGUUGAAGUAAGCUUUGCACUGGACCUGCCAUAUGCAUCAGUGGGAAUAUUAGGAGAGAGUCUUAUAACAGCCACAAUUCAAAAUGUGAUGAUAUCAAGUUUUACUGGACUAAACUCUGAGGAUAUCAAUGGCGUGACUAUUUAUUCAGUUGACGGAAAUACAGGAACGACUAUUGAAUUAUAUUCGUCGACUGUUGGUAUUGAUGUGUUGCUUCUUGCAAUGGAAACCUUUGUUAAUUCUGGGCAAUCGUUCGUAAUUGGUUCCUCUCCAUCGCAAGUUACUGUAACUGCUUUACCAGGGUCUUUCAAUGUUCUAUACCCAGAUACUUUGACCACUGAUGCAGUUUCUUCUUUAGCUUCAAUGGAAUCAACAAUUACCACAUCUUCUAUAACAACUCCAACUGAAGCAGUUACUUCUCAUACCGCAGUCGCUGAAACAAGUUCUAUUGUUGAAGUAAGCUUUGCACUGGACCUGCCAUAUGCAUCAGUGGGAAUAUUAGGAGAGAGUCUUAUAACAGCCACAAUUCAAAAUGUGAUGAUAUCAAGUUUUACUGGACUAAACUCUGAGGAUAUCAAUGGCGUGACUAUUCAUUCAGUUGACGGAAAUACAGGAACGACUAUUGAAUUAUAUUCGUCGACUGUUGGUAUUGAUGUGUUGCUUCUUGCAAUGGAAACCUUUGUUAAUUCUGGGCAAUCGUUCGUAAUUGGUUCCUCUCCAUCGCAAAUUACUGUAACUGCUUUACCAGGGUCUUUCAAUGUUCUAUACCCAGAUACUUUGACCACUGAUGCAGUUUCUUCUUUAGCUUCAAUGGAAUCAACAAUUACCACAUCUUCUAUAACAACUCCAACUGAAGCAGUUACUUCUCAUACCACAUUCGCUGAAACAAGUUCUAUUGUUGAAGGCGGCCAACAAAUCAUCCAUGACGACAAACGCAGUGGACGUCCCAACGUAACAUCAAAUCACGUCGCUGUGAUAAAGGAGCUGCUCGACAAUGAUCGUUGGAUAUCAAUUCGCGAAAUACACGAAAGAUCAGAUUGUAGCAUUGGCACAGUGCAUCGCAUUAUUCACGAUGAACUCAAUAUGAGAUGCCUGUGUGCCAGGUGGAUUCCUAAAAUGUUGAUGGACGAACAAAAAGUGGAAAGGAUUCUGAAACGCGAUUUUAUGAGGUCGAUGAGAAAGAAGCGGGCCACGAAAAUCGCCGACACGAUAUUUCAUCACGACAACGCAUCGUCUCAUCGUGCGGCCGAAACACAGUGCACAAUCAGGAAACUCGGCUUCGAAGUCCUCGAGCACCCGGCCUACAGCCCUGACCUCGCACCAUUCGAUUUCUUUCUGUUCCCGACACUGAAGAACGUCCUGCGGGGAAAACUCUUUGAUGAUGUGGACGAGUUGUCCUACGCGGUACAAGGUGCAAUUUCAGAGAUAAAUAAUGGCUCCUACUUUCAUAGUUUCAUGCCAUGGAUCAACCGUUUUCAAAAGUGUGUUUCCUUUCACGGAGAGAAUUUCGAGAAGGACUAG